GCGAUAGAGUCCCAGAUUUUACAAAAGCGUAAACGCGCCCUUAAUGAUGCUUCUAAAGAUAAACACGACGACGAUUCAACAUCUGGCAAGCGUGACAGGACUACUGCCCCGUCUCUUAUUGCCCGAUCUAAAUACUCGAAUACUGAUGUCGCUCCACAAAUAGUAUUUGCAUCUUUGGUUGAGUCUGAUCCUAAGUCGGGUACAUCUAUCCAUCCUGUGAAAUUUGGACAGAUGUUGAUGAGACUUAAAGUUAAGAAUAUUACACAGGAUGGGAUCAAAAGGAUAGGCAGAAACCGUAUUUCGGUUAAAUUUAAAGGCCCAGAGGAUGCCAACGCAUUCCUUAACAACGCUGACGUUAAGUCUAAAGGAUACAUCACAGUAAUCCCUACUUUUAAUAUGACUAGAAUGGGUGUUGUUAAAGGGGUACCUGCGGACUGGACUGACUUAGAGUGCUUCGACGAUCUCUCAACUCCUGUAGGUUUUGGCAAAAUAUUGAAGAUUAGGCGCAUGAACAGAAAGGUACAGAGCGAGGGGAAAACGGAGUGGGUUCCAACCUCCACAGUUGUCUUAACAUUUGAUGGUCGGAUACUUCCUGAGCGAGUUUUUUGCUGCCACAACGCCCUCCCUGUAGAAUUAUAUCACUUCCCUACUGUCCAAUGUUACGGGUGCUGUAAGUAUGGCCAUACUAAAACACAGUGUAGGUCCAAACCGAGGUGCUACCUCUGUGGGGCGGAGCACUUUGGAGAUAGUUGCACAGUAGACGAACCAAAGUGUUUGUAUUGUGACGGUCGUCAUAAUGCAAAUAGCCAGCAGUGCCCAGAAUAUUCCAGACAGAGGAACAUCAAGAUUUGCAUGUCGGAGAAAAACAUCUCCUAUUCUGAGGCAGCAAAACUAUUCCCUGCAGCUAAGAAAUCUUUCGCUGAUGUACUAGCAUCAGCCCCCUCAACAUCCCACCCUCUUCAGCCUUCCCCAACUCCCCAUCCAAUGCACUCCCACCAGGCGUCCACAACAUCAUACAGGAAGACUGUCUUUCUUAGACCAAAAACCCAUGCUCCUCUGGCCCCUGGUUAUGACCAACGGGCACACCAGGACCUCAUAAACAGCUAUUCCUUCCCUCCCUCUCCCAAUGGUAGAGCUCUACUUGAAAACCCUACACCUCCAAGUGAGAAGACAUCCACAAUCGAACAGAUUGUGAUGCUCCUUACCACGCUCCUGUCCAACUACUCCCUACCGGACCACGUUGCCACAAACUUGCUGAAAGCAAUUCAGACCCAUCACAUUCCAUCUCCUGCAGUGGAACGCCAGGAGUGCUCUCCCAAAAAGACAUGA